GUAGAAGACGUUAUGCGGAACACGAGGGACCCGUUUAGAGAGGACGUGUCACUCCUCUACGCAAACGAUCACGGUGACAAACACGCCAGGUUCUCAGAGAGAUUCACCGAGAGGCAUUAUGAAACGCCGAUAAUCAAAGGCGUGGUCAAUCAGCUACGAAAAUGGCCGGCGGAUCUGUUCUUCGCUUUUCUGGCUGCCUGCCUGAUCGUAGCAAGCUUGGUCUUCCUCAUCUUCGUCACAGUGGCCAUUUGCGUGCCCACUGUUGUUGGUAACAGAAUAGAAGGAACUCCAAUCCUGGAAGGAUUCGGAGCCUCGCCUAACGUGUACUUCUUCAAACUGGCCAACCAGAAUUGGUCCACCAAGGAAUUCUGCUACAUCGAGACCGCGGCUCGAAGACAUCCCGAUUUCAAUGUGUAUCUGAUAAAUUUGAUGAAGGAUGAGCCUAUUACGGCCAGCUCGAACGAGCCUGUUAUUAAUAGAACGAGGCUGGAAUCUGCAUCGAAUGAUUCGAAUAGCUAUCGUUCCCCUAUGCUGACUCCAGAAGACAGGCUCAGGCAACGAUUGGCCCACGAGAAUGGAAACAUAAGGAACAUGGACGUGUCGGUCGAUAAAUUCUUCAGAGGCUCGAAAUUAUCGAAAAUUGCGAAAAUAUUGGACGAGAAGGUGCUAGAAAUGGCGGCCAGAGCGCAGUUACUUUGGAGCGUGCCUGGAGUUGCACUGAGGCCGAACAUGUUCUGCACUUUGGACACUGUGAAGAGCUUUCUUUGCAAUAACAGAGACGAAUGUUUGCCCGACAAAAUGGCUACCGUCGAGCCAGAGAACGAUAUCCAAUUAACAGGGGUACCUUGCCAAGCUUUCAUGGGUUUCAUUGUCCACGAAAUAUCGAGAAACUAUCAGAACAAGAACUACACGUGGAAAGAAGCUACGGAGAGAUAUUGUCCAAGAUUGAACUAUUGCCCGGAAAUCAGGAUUCUCGACUCGAAACCAAAAUGUCCCACGGAUGCUUUCGAUUGUCCUGUCGUUUAUUCGAGUAUAGUGAUGCACGUAACAUGA